CUAUGUGACGUCGCCAUGUGGGCGUGAGCGUUGUGAACAUCAACAAAAGAGAGAAGAAGGAGAAAGGAGAAAGACGAGAAGAGCUCUACACUACAGCAGGACAGAACCAGAUAUGUGGAUUUAAUCUGCACUAACAGUGAAAGUAUUGUGCUGAAAACAAAGACAUCCCUUGCUGCAGUGCCAGAGACAUGGACGCCUUCAAGCUGAUGAAGGAGCUGAGGGUGAAUUAUGAGCAGGAGGCUCAUUAUCUCCCUAAAGAGACAGGGUUGAACCUCAUCGAAUCCACAAUGCAGGAUGACCGUCGGAUCUCAGCUAAGUGCAGAAAUGCCAAAGUGGAGGACCUUUGGAGUCUGACCAGCUUCUUCGGUUACAGCACGCAGACCUUCGUCCUGGCUGUCAACCUGCUGGACAGAUUCCUGGCCAUGAUGAGGAUCCAGCCAAAGCACCUGUCUUGCGUCUGCCUCAGCUGCCUCAACAUGGCGGCCAAAGUGACGGAGGAGGAGUGCAACCUGGCGCCCACCGACGAGCUCAUCCGCAUUGGCCAGUGCAGGUUCAGCGUGUCCGACCUCGAGCGCAUGGAGAAGGUCGUCGCCGACAAGCUCAACUUCAAGUCCAAAGCCGUCACUGCCUUAACCUUUCUGCACUUGUACCACCAGAUCGUACUUUCACACUCCACAGACAGGAAGGAGACUCUGAGCCUGGAGAAGCUAGAGGCUCAGCUCAAAGCCUGUCUUUGCCGGAUCUCCUUCUCUAAAGCAAAGCCCUCCGUCCUGGCCUUGUCUCUCCUGAGGCAGGAGAUAGAAGCUGUUCAGUCCAAGGACAUGUUGGAGAUAGCCUAUCACAUCCAGAGACACUUGAAGAUUGCGGACGACGAGCUGCGGCUAUGGAGCGAGCGCGUGGCACUGUGCCUGUCGGACUACGCCUCCCCCGAAUGCAGCAAACCCAACCACAGGAAGUUGCAGUGGAUCGUGUCGCGGCGGACCGCCCAGAACCUGCACAGCCACCGCAGCGUCCCCGAGCUGCCCACCAUCCCCGAGGGCGGCUGGGACGAGAGCGAGAGCGAGGACGCCAUGAGUUCAGGUGAAGAAUCUCUCAGCAGUUCUCUGGGCAGUGAUGCCGAAGGGCGCUUCUUCCCCAUGUACCUCCGCCGCCCAAAAUACCACCAAAACCUCCACGCCUGACGCCUCUGCCGCCACGUGCCUUGCCGUCUCCACCCCCAACCUCUUUGCUUUAUCCUAUGUUUUUAAUUUAUUGUUGUCAUAAGCUCUGGUGCUGGUGGAGAAUUGCACAAAAACAGGCAGCUGAGCAGUCCGGACUCUUCCUGGUAGACUUGGUAGAUUUUAGUUUGUAGAUGUGUUGGUGCAUGAGAUGUCACAUUCCAGGACGCAAGAUUUUAUGGGUGUACAAGUGAUGUUCUAUAAAAUUCAGACUCGUGCAGUCUGGUCUUUAUGAUGCUGAGCUAGCAGUCAGAUAAAAAACAUCUCAGCGCUGAGGCGUCAGUUCAGACCAGAAAUGGUUCAGGUUAUUGGCAAAAAAAAA